CAGAAUCUGUAAUUUCGCCCUAACCACAUUUUCCACAUCAUUGUGCAUAUGUCGCACGUGGAUGUUGUUAUUUAUCUUCAACUUUUUGAAUAAAGUAAUUGAAAAAAAUCGAAAGAUAAAUUAAAAAAAAAGUAAGCAUGCCGCCAAAUAAGGAUAUGUUAAGAGAAGAGAGUGAAAUGGUUGUAAAACAAAUUUGUGUAGAUGAAAAGAGUAUGAAUUUAGAAAGCGGAGAAAAUGAUUGUAAUACAGUACAUAUCGCUGAUCAACUCAAUCAUACUCAAUCAAAUUCAAAGAAAAAUGAUCAAGCAGUUGCUAAUACAUCCACUACAAUUGUUCAUGAGAAUAUAGCUCAUAUUGGACAGGAAGCUUCACAGAAAUCUUUAAAAAUUGAGUCAAAUGAUACAAAUACAGUGGAAAAUACACAUCCAGAGAAUAAUAAAACAUCUCUUAACAUGAUUGCUUUGGCAUAUAAUUCAGAUGAAGAAAUAAACACAAAUGAAAAUAAGUGUGAUAAAACUGAUGAAACUGAAAAUCAAUCUACUAUACCAAUCAAUCAAACAAAUAUUUUGCAGGAAUAUCGUGCAUUUACAGUAUUAUCUUCAAACGAAGAAACUGACAGUGAGAAUGAAUCUAUUAGCAGCAGUAAUAAUAAUAAGAAUAGUGAUAGCAGUGAUAGCAGUGAUAGCAGCGAUUCAGAUAUUAUUACUAAGAACAAAAAGAAUAAUAAAAGCAAGGAGAUGGGCAAUAAAGUAAACGUAGCAAAAAACUCAAAGGAAAUGAAAAACGAGUUUGAUGAGCUUCCGCCAAUAGAAGACUUACAGAUUAACGUUUCCGAAGAUUCGUGUUAUUUAUUUGGCGAAGUGGAUAAAAUUGUGGAACAAUUGGUCGUUGUAAAACCGCAGCCUGGCAAACCUACACUUAAUCUGGAGACAGUUUUAUUUCUGGAUAAAGGACAAAGAACACUUGGUAAAAUAUUCGAUGUGUUCGGAUCUGUAAGUGAACCAUACUACUGCAUUCGCUUCAACAAUCUCGAACACAUAAAACAAAACAAGAUUGAAGCAGGCAUGUUGGUUUAUUAUUGCCCGAAAACAGAACAUACAGUCCUUGUCUUCUUGCACGAGUUGGCCAAGAUAAGAGGUUGCGAUGCUGUCGGCGACGACGAGCCGCCGGAAUUUUCGGACGAUGAGGAAGAACAGGCUUAUUAUCAAAAGCUAAAGCAGAAAAAUGGUUCUGCAAAUGUCAGCACAACUGACAAUAACGUACCUUGCAAACGACAGCGUAUGUCAGGCCCUAGUCAGAAGUCGAAGCGUGAUUGGCAAUCAAAUCAUCCAUGGAACAGAAACGCCCAAUCUCAGAGGAACGAAAAACUGUUUCGGAGAAAUAGCAAUCGUUCUAAUUACAAAUAUUAUAACGAUAGGCAACAGGAAUGUGCACAAAAUAACAUAUAUCGGCAGUCGGGUUCACAUCUUGCGUCUAAUAGAUUGCAUCCAGGCGAUACGAGCCAAUAUUAUCAAGGUCGGCCAAAUUUCCCAAUACACAAUACGCAUCAAUAUCCUACAAAUCGCUAUGAAAACUACGCUUUCUCAAUAUUACCGCCACGUUUGAUGAAUCACUCUCAAUGUUCAAAUGCACCAUUGUUGAGGAAUAUGGUUCCGUAUCCAAAUGCACAAUUACCGAUGUCAUUGCAAAGGACCAAACUAUGGCUAUCUCCGUUAGUUAAUUGUCCGCUCGUAUCUGUUCCACCUCCUCCAGGUGACUCACCUCCGUCCUCUCCACAUCCCACUUCUUUUUCAUCACUAUCAUCCUCCGUACCUUCAUCUUUACCUACAUUCUCGUUACCUUCUUCGACGAAGACAACGGCUUCAAACGACUAAUACGUCUCGAUCUAAUUGAUAAAAAUAAUAUUUCCUUUUUUUUUAAUAAACAAUACGAUAUUUUAUUCUUAAAAUUGAUAUUGAUAAUGGUAUCUUAUCUCAUCUUAUUAUUAUAGUGUGACACAAAAGUCAUGAAGGGAUUUAAUAAAUUUUUAUUAAGGUAAAGAGCUUAAAAGGUUAAAAAA